CAUCGUAUGGUGCAGCGCGGUGUUGUUAAAGUCAUCGCUGUUUGUUCACCGGUCGUUUAUUUAUUAAUUUUACGACAAUUUACCCGGUUUUACUAAAUUUCUGUAUACUUUAGGCUCUAACAGCUUCGGUUUAGAGUAUGACUCUUCUAAACGACACGCGCUAAACUCAGCGAUACAGUUACCGAUGUUUUAUGUAACGUUGUGGCGACGUGAUUACGUCACUAAGGGGACUGUGCGCUGUUUACAAGCAUGAAACGUGUUCUGAGGUUCAGCAGCACGUUCAGGUGCAUCAGCAGCAGCAGCACAGCCCGGGUCUCCCCCUGCAGACCUGCUCUAUCACUUUAUUACCGCGCAGGAUUAUUAUCCUCUCCUUACUGCACCAAGUGGAGCACUGACAGCACAGCAAUGGAUCUGAGUAACAUGAGAAAGAAGUACAAAGGCGACGCGGAGUGCUUUGAAGAGGAUCAGCUUGUGUCCCUUGACCCUAUAAAGCAGUUUGGCGAGUGGUUUGAUCAAGCUACAAAAUGUCCUGAAAUUGGGGAGGCCAAUGCCAUGUGCAUUGCAACAGCAACCAAGGACGGGAGGCCGUCUGCUCGUAUGGUGCUGCUGAAAGGUUAUAGCAAUGAGGGAUUUCGCUUCUUCACAAACUAUGAAAGUCGUAAAGGUAACGAACUGGAGAGCAACCCACAUGCAUGCCUUGUGUUUUACUGGGAACCACUCAAUAGGCAGAUUCGAAUUGAAGGAACUGUAGAGAGAAUUCCAUAUCAGAGUUCCUGCGAAUACUUUCACUCAAGACCCAAGAGUAUUCAGAUUGGUGCAGUAGUGAGCAGGCAGAGCACUGUGAUACCCAACAGAGAGUACAUAAGACAGAAGAAUGCAGAGUUGGAGGAGAAGUAUAAAGACUCUGAGGUUCCCAUGCCAGACUACUGGGGAGGCUACAUGGUCAAACCUUCUCUGAUUGAGUUCUGGCAGGGUCAGACCAAUCGGUUACACGAUCGCAUCGUCUUCACAAAGCUCAAAGACGGAGUGUCUGAACUUGGAGAAAUGCAACAUUUGGCUGAGGGUGGUUGGGUGUACCACCGCUUAGCACCUUAACAGAGUGUGUAUAUGAAUAUGGUGGAGCUGUGUUCUUUGUCAAACCUAAAAAGUAUCACUAUUGGUGACAUGGAUAUUAAUAGGCAUCAUUUUACAGUAAUUGUCAGUCAUAUGGAUAUUAAAUGUAAUCGAUAAGGAUGUUACUUUAAAAAGACUGAUGAGAAGCCAUUUAAUUUUUACCUGUUAAGAAAAUUCUUAAGAAAGUGGUAGAUUUUCUAGUUUUAACCGAGUUAAGGAUGUACUUCAGGUCAUUUUAACCGUUUAACAAAAAUAUUAGUAUAUUAAAGUCUUUUAACAUAGAUUAAUAAUUGAAAAUAUGAACAUCAUACCCUCCAUCAAAAAAAGGGAAAGCACAAGAUUCAUUUCUGUCAUUUGAAAUCUGUACUAGGAAUUUCUGUUAUAAUGUAUUUUAUGGAAUUUUUGUUGUCGUUUUUGUUUUGUCUGUUUUUCAUUACAUGCCUUUAAUUGUCUUUAGUGUAGCUACUAAUUGUGUCUUAAUUAUAAGUGCACUUUUAAAACUGUGCCAAACCAUCAUUACUGUUUCACCUGUUGCAGCUGUAAAACAUUACUGCAGUAAAAUGACAGCUGCGGUAUAUGUAAAUUUCAGAGUCUGUGAUGCAGAAUAGUGAAUCAAUAAAUAUAUUUAAUUAAAGUAAAA